AUGGGUUUUGAUAUGAACUCGUGUGUAGCUGAUGUUCCGGAAUUAAAUGCGAAUGAUCAUGAUAGGUUGGUUUGGUGUACAAAUGGCAGUCGGAAAACUGAGUUUACUACGGCAAUAGUGUGGGAUGAUUUGCGGCAUUCGAAUAAUGAGGUGCAAUGGGCGAGUGUAGUCUGGUUUCCUCAAGCUAUACCUCGCCACUCUUUUCUCUUAUGGCUGCUUGUUCUACGAAAAUUGAAAACCCAUGAUGUCAUGAGUCGAUGGAACUCCGGUAAUAUGAAUCUUAACCUGUUAUGUUGCUCGUUGUGUUCAAGGGGCCCUGACUCGCAUGAGCACUUGUUUUUUGAAUGUGAUGAAGCCAAGAACAUUUGGUAUGGGGUUCGGGGAAGAGCUGGCAUGGGCGCUAUUCAGAAUUCGUGGAAUGAUAUCUUCGAGUAUCUGUUGAGUAUAGCUAACUCCAAAAAGGCUGCAAAUGUCAUUGCGAAGCUGGUUGUUGGUGCAACAGUCUAUUUUGUUUGGGAGGAACGGAAUAGAAGACUUUUCACACCGAAAAGGAGAACAAAAGAACAGCUUAUAGAGAUCAUCUUGUCUACGGUCCGAAUGAAGUUACACACUAUGAGGUUUCGGCAUUCUGUCCAAACGGAGCGUGUUUUGCAGGAGUGGAGCUUACCCCGAGGGUUGCUAGUUGCGGAUGACGAUUGUGGCUAA